CUAUGAAUGAUAAAGCUGUGCAACCACACCCGAUAGAAGCAGACGAUCUAUCUACUCCUGACAGAUGCUUCACGCAUGCGCUAAUCAGCCCCAGAUCGAUGAUUAGUGUUCUGCUGCUUCUGUCUUACCAUCCCGGAAGUGCGGCUGCGGCGGCGGCGGCUAUGCCUGUAACUCGGCCAUCCUCGUCUUAAGAAAUUGCAUGCCUCUGCCUGGCCUGUAGAAUGUGGACAAGGACUGGGUCCACAAUGCCAUACCUGGGGUCUGAAGAUGCCGUGAGGGAGCUGAAGAAGGCACUUGCUAAUCCUCACAUCCAAGGAGACAGAUUAAGAUACAGGAAUGUCAUCCACAAGGUCAUCCGGCACAUGACGCAUGGCAUCGAUGUAUCCAGUGUUUUUAUGGAAAUGGUUAAAGCCAGUGCUACUGUGGAUAUUGUGCAAAAGAAACUGGUGUACUUAUAUAUGUGCACAUACGCACCUCAAAAACCAGAUUUGGCUCUAUUAACAAUCAACACUCUGUGUAAGGACUGCUCCGACCCCAACCCUAUGGUGAGAGGAUUGGCUUUGCGGAGUAUGUGCAACCUCAGAAUGCCAGGCAUCCAGGAGUACAUACAACAGCCUGUUCAGAAUGGACUGCGAGACAAAGCAUCCUAUGUAAGGAGAGUAGCAGUGCUAGGAUGUGCUAAAAUGCACAGGCAACAGUUGGAUGUGGAAAUUGAUGGAGCUUUAGUAAAUGAGUUGUACAGUCUACUGCGAGACCCUGACCCUAUUGUGCUAGUGAACUGCUUACGGGCCCUUGAAGAAAUCUUAAAAGGAGAAGGUGGAGUUGUUAUCAACAAGCCAAUUGCUCAUCAUCUGCUGAACAGGAUGGCUGAAUUGGAUCAGUGGGGACAAAGUGAAGUUUUAACAUUCCUUUUACGCUACAAACCACGGAGUGAAGAAGAGAUAUUUGAUAUACUUAACAUACUGGACAACUAUCUGAAGAGCACUCACAUAAGUGUGGUCAUGGGAGCAACAAAACUCUUCUUGGUUUUAGCAAAAGACUUUCCUCAUGUACAGUCAGAUGUGCUUGUCCGACUUAAAGGUCCACUGCUUUCAGCCUGUACGUCGGAGAGCCGAGAGAUGUGCUUUGCAGCAUUGUGUCAUGUUAGAGAGAUCCUCCGAAGCUCGUCAGGGCAUUUUAGCAGCCAUUACAAGAAGUUUUUUUGUUCUUAUAAUGAUCCUCAUUACAUAAAAAAACAGAAGAUAGACAUCCUGUGUGAACUGGUGAAUGAUGAAAAUGUUCACAGCAUAUUAGAAGAACUUCGUGUCUGCUGCACAGAUGUUUCAACACAGCUUGCCCACACUGCAGUUUUUGCAAUAGGACGCAUUGCAAGAACUUACAGUGAGAAAUGUGUGAAAAUCUUAGCUGGGUUGCUUGAGUACAAACAAGAGCAUAUUACUUCAGCUGUCAUGCAAACCUUUCGGGAUCUUGUUUGGCUGGUUCCACAGUGCACAACACCAGUAUGCCAGGCAGUUCCGGGGUGUGAAGAGAAUAUCCAGGAUCAUGAGGGAAAGCAGGCAUUGAUAUGGCUACUUGGCAUGCAUGGAGAACUUAUUCCAAAUGCACCGUACAUCUUAGAGGACUAUGCUGAUAAUGUCAAAACAGAGGUCUCCCCAACUGUGAAAAUGGAGCUCCUCACUGCUCUUGUUCGACUGUUCGUUUCUCGGCCCGCUGAGUGUCAGGACAUGCUGGGACGUCUGAUUUAUUAUUGUAUAGAAGAAGAAACUAACAUGGGUGUACGCGAUCGAGGUCUCUUCUACUUUAGACUUUUAUCCUCUGGAAUCACUGAUGUGAAGAAAGUGCUCACUGGUCCAAAGUCUGACUCAUCAUUGGGAGUCUUAGUAGACAGGACAGAACAACCCGUUAAUAGCUGGGUACCUGUUUUCAACACUUUGGCUUCUUUAUAUGAUAAGAAGCUUUGGGAGUCAUUUGCAGUCAACUCUGGCAAACGUGAGCUACCCAUUGCAAAAAAUCCAGUUACCGAAUCUCUCGUAGAAGGAGAUUUUCACACAGCAUUGGAUUCUGACAUAUCUCAAGUGCCUGCUGAUGCCAUCACACUGGUCAGUGAUAUCACAAUGACCCCUGAGCUGUUUGAGGAAAAAUGGACAUCUCUCACCACAGACCAUUGCUGGGAUAUUGAAUGGAAGAAAGAUGUUGAACCAGAUCUCUUACAGUCUUCUCUUCACGUAUUGAACUUUUACACCAUUGCCAAAAGCAAAGCUGGUACACGGCCAUGGAAGUCAUAUUUGUAUGCACAAGAUAGUAAAGAAAAUGUGUUUCUUGUUGAAUUAAUAUUGUGUACAGAUUCACACUCCAUAAAAACCACUGUGAAACAGGACACAGAAAAUGAGAUUGCACUUAAUGACUUUGUAUCACUUUUACAACAUGCAGUUUCUGCAGUGAUGGAACUCUCCAAGUAAGCAUAUCACUAAUGCUGGACAAUUACUAAAAGUAUGUGAAUCAUAUUCAGGAUGUAUGAGAUUAUUCUAUUCAUGCUAAGACCCUAUCACGUUGUGCUUGAGUGAUGAUAUUCCGACAAAUGUACUUAUAAUUUAUAUAUUGAUGUGUAAUACAGUGAACAGACCCAUGGGUAAGUCAAGAGGUACUCAUCCGGCAGCCAGAAAAAAAUAUACUAAGUCACUAAAGAACAUCACCUCCAUUAUUUCCAAACUGUACUAAAAGAUCUAAGAGUAUAAGGAUGGUGCAUUCACCUGUCUUAUGCCACAGGCAAGCCAUGAUUAUUUGUUUAGUGCAGAUUGAGUGCCGUGUUUUUUUUGGCAGGCACUAAGGCUUCGAGCUGCCAUGGGAACUAGUCAGCAGCCUGUGAUUUACAUUGCAGGGCUACCGAUCGUUCUAGACACCAGGGAUAGACAACAGAACUGUUUAAAUGCCACAGUCGCUAUUGAUCAGUCAUUUAAAAAGUUAAAUUGCUGGCAUUGGUGUAUCCUCAGUGCGGACUGGAAUGAUGCAGACUUUGUUUCCAAGCCUGCUUCAUAGUCACCUGACGCCCAGGCGCCAUUCAUGUACAGCAGUUGGCUAGAAGGUCAAAUAAAUUGGAUUGAGCUGCAAUACCUGUUUCGAUUUAUUUAUUUGCUUUUAAUUAAAGGCAUUAUCCAGUAUUUCAAAAACAGCCUGAUUCUUCCAAAACCAGCACCACACCUGUCCUCAGGUUGUGUGUGGUAUUGCAACUCAGUGCCAUUCAAGUAAGCCAAGUUAUCACAUACAAUCUGAGGACAGGAGUGGCACUGUUUUUGAAAGAAAUUAGCUCUGUUUUUAAUUCUGUAUAACCCCUUUCAGUAACAUACAUAUACACAUUAUACCAAAGAUAAAAAAGAAGGGAGAAGGAGAAAAAGGGAUGGAUAUAUAUAUAUAUAUAUAUAUAUAUAUAUAUACAUUUUAGAUUUCUAAACAUCAUUUAUUUCCACACCUUGCUUAUUUUGUUAAUAUUGCUUUUUCUUGCAGGAAGUAGCAUCUUCAUACAGUAAUUGAAUUGUAUACUGUUAUGUAAUUUAUUAAUAUAUAACCAUAUUGAAAAUAUUAAAGCUUUUCCACAAUCUAGCUAUCCUUGUAGCAAUUAUAAUAGACACCAAUUGUCUGUAGAAAGAAUAGCAACAAUCCCAAAUUCAAGGACAGCAAAGCCUCCGCUGGGGACCAUUAGAUGGAGUAUCGUAAUAUAGCUUUCACAGUCUGACAUACAUUGGACCAAAAAAGGAUGGAUAGUCGGACAACUUUACCAAAUAUGGUAGAGUGUGCCUGGGGUUGUGAACAUUUUUGAAAGUCGAUAGGGAGUUAUGAUACCAGUGAUUAAGCUCCAAUACAAGACACAGCCCAUAUUAAACAGGAGUGGUGCUGUGGCUGUCAAAAAGGAAGACCUUUUCUUUGACUCUCAAACAAUCCCUUUUAUGUAUUUUGUCAUGUGGAUAAGACUACUGUCCAUUAAAAUUGUCUAGAAUGGGAUUUACUAUCCAACCAGCAUUUAUUAAAAGUCUUCUACGCACUAGACACAAUCCUGUAUUUCUUCUCAUGUGUGAAAUUGCUUGUAAAAGAAUCGAAACAUAAAGGCAAAUUGGUAAUA